AUGCCGUUACCAAUUCAACCUCUUGAGAGAGAGAGGCCCAUGCUUUCCUUAGUUUGGAUUUCGAGAGGUUGGUCCGUUUACCUUGAAAGCGAUGCAAUGGCAGAUGAAGUAACUAAAGCCCAAUGCAGGUUGAACUCUCUUGAAUCUAAGCCUCACUACCCUCUUAGAGCGUUACAAGGAAUUUUGGGCCUAAUGCAAGGCCCCAUAUGGAUUCAGCUUAAUAGAUUCCGCUUAGGGGUUUAUGAGAGAUUGAUUGAUGUACCAGGACAAGGGGAAUUCUUAAUCAAAGAUCUCCGAACUCCGGAUAGCUUAGUGGGAUUAAGAAAGUUAAGAGAUAACCUAGGAUUAUCCUUAACAAAAGGAAGUCUUAGCACUCCAUUACUAAAGUUAAAGGGUCUUUCUGACUCGGUUAGUAAUAUGAUGCCAUCGUUGGCAUCUCGUAUCUUGGUUGAAGCUAUAACGUUUCAUGAGGGGUAUUACGGUCGAUUCAUAAUCCUGGUGCAUAUGGGUAUUGGUUGUACGUUGAGGGCGUUGUCACAGGCAUUUGCUCAAGAGAAGCCCUUUAUGGAUAUUGAUAUAGAAAUGCCGAUAUCUAAUAAAUCUAUUCUUGUCGGUGUUAGCUUAGGACUAGCAGUUGCCAUCUUAUUUACAUUUGGGAUUAGUCCCUGCAGCGGAGAGAUAGUUAGUGAGUGCAUAACCGAUUCUUUAUACGCAAAUAGCUAUUGGAUGGGUCAAGCAGUAUACAUGGAAGUACCCAAGCAAGGCCCGUCCCAGAAAUGGGGCGGGGAAGGAGAAGUGGGCAUAUUAGUUCUUGUACUGCCCCGAGGGAAGCCCCUCAAAGGCGUAUUGACGGGGCAGCAAAGUGUGAAGAGGGGAGCACUUACCCAAGGAGUGAGCACCUUAAUGGCGAAGGGGAAGGGUGAUUCAAGGAACGACAAGAAGGAGAGUUACUAG